UUGGUUCCAGUCCAGACUCCACCACACAAAGCUUCUCCUCGCACACACGCAGUCUCCAGGCUCUUUAUGUCUUCUGGAGUAACCUUCCUUUUCUCUGAAGCAUUGUAGUUUCUAUCCUGCAGAGAGAAGGAGAGGGAUCCUACCAGAGCUUCUGGUAGAUGUGAUGGGAUAAGAGACCCCCCCCCCACCUCCCUCUUUUUUUUUUUUUUGUUACUAAAAGUUUCAUUCGUUUUUAAUGUCUGGGAUUGGAAAGACCUUCAAGUCUGGGGGCUUUCUACUGCUGCUUUUUGUGUGUGUGUGUGUGUGUGUGUGUCUCAUGAAGCUGCUUGCAUGUCUAAGAGGAAGUGACUAGUUUGGCAGAGAGCUGUGAUCUGAGUCAGGUAAGCCAUGUCAUGUUCAGUAGCUCCACCAGAAAAUGGAGGAGAGAGAGAGCAAGCUUCCAGUAGACAAAGCUGAGAUAGGAAGUGCUCAGAACAUUAUGGAUGCCUCUCUAUUUUUUGUGUGUGAAGCUUUGCUGGCAAUGGCUGGCUUGCUCAUGGUAUUUUUUUCCCCCCAAAGGUUUCUAGAGCUUUACACUGUGCAAGAUUGUUGAUGGCUCUCCAUUCUCUUAGGAAAUGGAGGAGUGGAGGAAAUUUCUUAGAUCCUUUUCCACGUAGAAGAGCAUGUCCUAAGGGGUUUCUUUCUCCAAUUUUCAUGUUGAGGUCAAUGCUUUAGACUUUUCUCCCUCUGAGUAACCUUCAUAGGAAUUAAGGUGUUGAUGAGUUGACCAGAUGCAUCAUUUUUCUUUCAUAUUUUGAGGCAAGUUUCCAUAGCUGGAGGCUGCUCGGGUUCUUCUGCAGAACACCAUGAAACAUCAGCCUCGAAGGUGAUCCUGGUAGCCUUAUUUUUAGGGUAUUUUCUCUUGUGUUGCUCCAGAAUGUUCCUUUUGGACGCAUUUUAAAUUGCAGUGGAACAUUUUCCCCAGCUAACUUGGUUGCAUACUGGAAAGCUUUUAGAGGUGCCCUGGGGCUGGCUGCUAAUAGAAGGUUCUUAAGAUACCAUAAAUGAUAAGGGUUUUCUCCCCUCACAUUUUUAACCCUCGAAAUAUUUUUCAUGUUCUUCAGUGACCCAGACUAUUUAUUUCUGAAACUUUUAAUGUCAUUAUGGAAACCUAAGAACUUUAAAGUAUGAUGGCAGCUGAACAGAAGGCUUUUCUCCCCCCUGCUGCCUUUUUAUUUGGAAGAGUUUAGGGAAGUCUCAAAGCCAGGAGACAGGAGUACCCAUCACGCUUUGCUAAUCUGUUGUUACAAGUAUAUGCUUUCUCAAAUUAUAACCCAAAAUGAAGUGCUGCAAUGCUUUAGGAUUCCAAAAGGACCAUUACCAUACUGGUUGAAGAAUGGGUCAGCAGAGAGGUGUAAGCCAUGUGCUUUCAUAUAUGGUGUUUAAAAUAUCUGGGAGAACUCAAGAAAGGAAGUAUGGUGUAUGAAAUAUCUGAGUGAAAUGAGUCUUAGGAUACCAAGUGAAUGGAUGUUAGCCAUUAGCAGCUAACACAAGUGUGCCUGUGCAAAGGUAGAAAGACUUGUAAGAUGGUGGUUGGAGUAGAACUUGAUGAUUCCAGCUGCCACAAGAUUAAAAGCAACAUACUUGUUCUAUUUUCAUUUCUGGGGAAAAAAAAGUGUGUGUGUGUCUGUAUAUCUGCAUGUGUGUGUAUAUAACACUGAACAGUCAAACCCUUGAAUGCACACUGUUCAAGGGGUUGUGUGGUUCUAGAAUGGUGGCUGCAAAUUGGUCUUAUUCAGUUGCUUGAAAUAUCAUGAUCAGCUUUGAAACAACACAUGUGGGAUGGACCUUGGCACUUUUAACUUUAGAUAUAUUCAAGCUUACACAGCCACUGCAUGAAAGAGAAGGAGUCUUCAUCUACUAUCUGAUCAAAGAAUUCUCUAAUGUGAAAGAUCAACCCAGAACCAUGGAGGUGCUGCAGUGUGACGGCUGCGAUUUUCGAGCUCCCUCCUAUGAAGACCUGAAAGCCCACAUUCAGGAUGUUCACACUGCUUUUUUGCAGCCCACGGAUGUUUCUGAGGAAAGCCCUAGCCAGCCAAGGUCUGGCUCCAUGAAUGCUAGCAACCAGACUGAGGUUGAAUUUUCUUCUGUAAAGGAUGAAUUUGCAAUUGCAGAUGAAAUAGCAGGGCAAAAUGCAGCAACUCAAAUGGGGACUGGAAGUUAUUAUAGCCAUAGCCAGAGUUUUUAUGGUCAGCACAUGGCCCCAAAUCCUAAACCAACAAACAAAUUUUUCCAGUGCAAAUUCUGUGUGCGAUACUUCAGAUCCAAAAACCUGCUCAUAGAGCAUACCCGAAAGGUCCAUGGAGCACAAGCUGGAGGGAGCUCGGUGGGGCUGCCUGCUGCCGGAUCAUUAAAUUACAACAUCAUGAUGCACGAGGGGUUUGGCAAAGUUUUCUCUUGCCAGUUCUGCACUUACAAAUCACCAAGACGAGCAAGGAUUAUUAAACACCAGAAAAUGUAUCACAAAAACAACCUGAAGGAGAGCUCAACUCCUCCUGCUGCUGCAUCUGCUAUAUCUGAAUCUGGGUCUGCCUCUAUGCCAGUGCAGGAGCCCUGCAAGGAGUUGCCUGCUGAGGUGGUAGAGCGUAGCAUUUUGGAGUCCAUGGUCAAGCCCUUGACAAAAUCCAGGGGCAACUUCUGCUGCGAAUGGUGUAGCUAUCAGACGCCUCGAAGGGAGCGCUGGUGUGAUCAUAUGAUGAAGAAACAUCGGAGCAUGGUGAAAAUAUUGUCGAGCCUGCGGCAGCAGCAGGAUGGCACUAGUCUGCCUGAUAUGCAGAAUAAGAAUGCACAGAACCCCUCCCCAAACUCGAACUACAUCUCUAUGAAUGCUGCAGGACGUGAGAUGUCAAAUGCUAAUGUUUCAAACUUCAGAAGCUCUAUGAGCAAUUCCCUUAUCAGAUCCAAUUCUUCUACAUCCUCCAAGUUUUCUUCUGUGUCUUAUCCUCAAAUGAAGCCUAAGUCACCUCAUAACUCUGGCAUGGUUAAUUUGUCCGACAGAUCCCGCUAUGGCAUUGCUGACAUGACAAAUUCUUCUGCUGACCUGGAAACGAAUAGUAUGCUAAAUGACUCUAGCUCAGAUGAAGAGCUAAAUGAAAUGGACAGUGAGAAUGGCUUGAAUGCCUUAGAUCACCAGACCUCAGGAAUGUCUGCAGAGCAACUGAUGGGAUCUGAUGGCAACAAAUUAUUAGAAACCAAGGGGAUUCCCUUUAGAAGAUACAUGAACAGGUUCCAGUGUCCUUUUUGCCCUUUCCUCACCAUGCACCGCCGUAGUAUUUCCCGCCAUAUUGAAAACAUCCACCUGUCUGGGAAGACUGCUGUAUACAAAUGUGAUGAAUGUCCUUUCACUUGUAAAAGUUCAUUAAAACUUGGAGCUCAUAAACAGUGUCACACAGGUACAACAUCAGACUGGGAUGCUGUGAAUUCUCAAAGUGAAAGCAUAGCUUCCUCUCUGAAUGAGAGCACUGUGUCUUAUGACAGUGGAAAUAUAAAUGGCAGGAAGUCAGGAGGCAUAAUGGAACCUGUGCAGCAACAGCAGCAGCAACAACAGCAGCAGCAGCAACAGCAGUCACCACAACCCCAUUCACAGCACCCCUACAAAUGUACCAUGUGCAACUAUUCCACGACUACUUUGAAAGGCCUCAGAGUUCAUCAGCAACACAAGCAUUCAUUUUGUGACAACCUGCCAAAAUAUGAUGGACCGUCAUCCAACGCACCACAAGAGAGUGAGGGGGAUGCUCACACCUCUUCCAGCACUGUGAAGAAAAGCCAGACCUCCAUUCUGGGUUUGUCAUCUAAAAAUAACUUUGUGGCUAAGGCCCCUCGAAAGGUGUCAAAUGACUUCCCCUUAGAUCUAUCACCAGUGAAGAAGAGAACUAGAAUUGAUGAAAUAGCAAGCAACUUGCAGAGCAAAAUCAACCAAAACAAACAGCAAGAAGAUGCUGUGAUUAAUGUAGAGGAUGAUGAAGAGGAGGAAGAAGACAAUGAAGUGGAGAUAGAGGUAGAAUUGGACAGGGAAGAAGAACAAGCAGAGCCAAUGAUGGAGGUAUCCAAUUCAUAUGCACCCCAGCAAAUGUGGGGAAGAGAUGCCAAUGAUUCUCAGAAGGAGGCUAACUUCAGAAACAUGCAGCAUGAUUAUAAUUCCACCAAUGGGGCAGAAAUUGAGCUCACAUUAUCAGAGGAUGAGGAAGAUUAUUACUCUUCUGUCGGCUUGAAAGAUCAGCAGGGCCCUAAUGCUUCUGUUCUGGGUAGCCAGUCAAGUCUAUAUGGAUCUGAACAAAACAAUGAAAAUGCAGAGUUUAAUGACUCUGGGAGGCUUUAUUAUUGCAAACACUGUGAUUUCAGUAACAAAUCUGCCAGGAGUGUUAGCACCCACUACCAGCGGAUGCACCCGUACAUUAAAUUCAGCUUUAGAUAUAUUUUGGAUCCUAAUGAUCACAGUGCAGUGUACAGAUGCCUUGAAUGUUACAUUGACUAUACAAACUUCGAAGACCUACAGCAGCAUUAUGGUGAGCAUCACCCUGAAGCUAUGAAUGUACUCAACUUCGAUCAUUCUGACCUGAUCUAUCGCUGUCGCUUCUGCUCUUACACUAGCCCGAAUGUGAGAAGCCUGAUGCCCCAUUACCAAAGAAUGCACCCAACAGUUAAAAUUAAUAAUGCAAUGAUCUUCUCAAGUUAUGUAGUUGAGCAGCAAGAGGGGGUAAAUACAGAAUCGCAAACACUGAGAGAGAUCUUGAAUUCUGCUCCCAAAACCAUGGCAACAUCAACCCCUGUGGCCCGUGCAGCUAGCAUGCCUAGUACUUUUAACAAAAAUGCUACCAAAAGUUUUAGUCCAGAAAGUGAAAAUCAGAAGGAGCCUUCAGUAAAUACUGUUGUAGUUUAUGACUGUGAUGUAUGUUCAUUUGCAAGCCCUAACAUGCAUUCAGUUCUGGUUCAUUACCAGAAAAAACACCCUGAAGAAAAGGCAUCAUACUUCAGGAUUCAGAAGACCAUGCGCAUGGUGUCUGUUGACCGGGGCUCUGCCCUGGCUCAAAUGUCGUUUGAGAUGGGAACCUCUGUGUCUCCAAAACUGUCCAGCCUGGCUUCUCAACCUCCACCUCCCCCACCGCCACCACCAGACCUUGCCACUGAACUCUACUACUGCAAACACUGUUCAUACAGCAACCGCUCAGUUGUGGGAGUGCUUGUCCACUACCAGAAAAGGCAUCCAGAAAUAAAGGUCACUGCAAAAUAUAUUAGGCAGGCACCCCCUACUGCAGCAAUGAUGAGGGCUGGUGAGAUGCCACCUGGUAUUCAGAGACCACCAAUGUCUAUGCAACAGCUGAAUAGGGGCAGCUCUGAGAGUGCUGUGACUCCCCCCGAGAAUGAAAUGUUCUUUUGCCAGCACUGUGAUUAUGGAAACCGGACCGUUAAGGGCGUGCUCAUUCAUUAUCAAAAGAAGCAUCGUGACUUCAAAGCUAAUGCAGAUGUGAUUAGACAGCACACAGCCACUAUUAGAAGCCUCUGUGACCGUGGCCAGAAAAAACUGACCAGCAGCCUGCCUGCUCCCACUUCCAGUACUGACCGGGACAAGGCUAAGCUACGAGCUCUCAAAUGCAGGCAGUGCUCCUAUACAUCCCCUUAUUUUUAUGCCUUGAGAAAGCAUAUAAAAAAAGACCAUCCAACCCUGAAGGCCACUGUCACAUCCAUUUUGCGAUGGGCAUUUCUGGAUGGCUUAAUAGAAGCUGGUUAUCACUGUGAAUGGUGUAUUUAUUCGCAUACUGAGCCCAGUGGUUUGCUUGUGCAUUACCAAAGGAGGCAUCCUGAGCAUUAUGUUGACUACACAUACAUGGCAACUAAACUCUGGGCAGGUCCAGAUCCUUCCCCUCCAGCUCUAGUGCUGCCAUCAGAGACAAAAACCUAUAAAUGCCGUGACUGUGUUUUUGAAGCAUCUUCCAUUUGGGAUAUUACUAAUCACUACCAGGCUUUUCAUCCUUGGGCCAUGAAUGGUGAUGAGUCUGUGCUGUUGGAUAUCAUAAAGGAGAAAGAUGCUGCUGAGAAAGCUGGCAUGCAGCCUGAUGAACUCGGGGCCAGGAUUAAUUCUGAAGACCAGAUAACAGCAUCACAGAUGGAGCAGGAUGCGGAGUGCACUGAGGACUCGGGUCUUUCCCAGGAAAAAACAGUCCAGCUGGCCUCUGCAAACCCUGCAAUCUCUUCCACGCCGUAUCAGUGCACAGUAUGCCAAUCUGAAUAUAAUAACCUACAUGGACUUUUGACACAUUAUGGCAAAAAGCAUCCUGGAAUGAAAGUGAAAGCUGCAGAUUUUGCACAGGACAUAGAUAUUAACCCAGGGGCUGUGUAUAAGUGCAGGCAUUGUCCAUAUAUUAACACGCGCAUUCAUGGUGUCCUUACACACUACCAGAAACGGCAUCCGUCAGUAAAGGUCACCGCUGAAGAUUUUGUACAUGAUGUAGAACAGUCUAAUGACAUAGCUCAGAAUGAUGUGGAGGAAACGAGUAGGAUUUUCAAACAAGGUUAUGGCGCUUACAGGUGCAAAUUAUGCCCUUAUACCCAUGGCACUUUGGAGAAACUUAAAAUUCACUAUGAAAAGUACCACAAUCAACCCGAAUUUGAUGUGUUUGCGCAGUCACCACCAAAGGUGUCUGCCUCUCUGGAGCCAGAGAUUACUCCUGAAAUCAAGGCUUCUCCAGAAAUUGCUCCUGAGGACAUUGGAGAGAUCACAGUGCCGGCUCCUCAUUUUUCCAGUUCUCAUUUAGUGUCUCAUACGGUGUUCCGAUGCCAGCUCUGCAAGUAUUUCUGCUCCACCAGGAAAGGGAUAGCUAGACACUACCGCAUCAAACACAACAAUGUCCGGGCACAGCCAGAAGGCAAAAACAAUCUCUUCAAAUGUGCUUUGUGUUCCUACACCAAUCCCAUCCGCAAAGGGCUUGCAGCACACUACCAGAAACGGCAUGACAUUGAUGCUUACUAUACCCAUUGCUUAGCAGCCUCCAGGACAAUUAGUGACAAGCCCAACAAAGUAAUUAUUCCAUCUCCUCCCAAAGAUGAUGCUCCUCAAUUAAGUGAGGAGCUGAGGAGGGCUGUGGAGAAGAAGAAGUGCUCGCUUUGCUCCUUCCAAUCUUUUAGCAAAAAAGGUAUCGUCUCCCACUACAUGAAGCGUCACCCUGGUGUUUUCCCUAAAAAACAGCAUGCAAGCAAGCUAGGGGGUUACUUCACUGCUGUGUAUGCUGAUGAGCAUGAAAAGCCAGCCCCGCUAGAGGAGAGAAAUGACUUUGAAAAGCCUGAGGUGGAGAACGAGGCUCAGGAAAUAGAGUGGCUUCCCUUCAGAUGCAUUAAAUGUUUCAAACUGUCUUUCAGCACAGCAGAGCUGCUGUGCAUGCAUUACACUGACCACCACAGCAAGGAUCUUAAGAGAGACUUUACCAUCCUGGGAAGUGGCACCCGCUCUCAGAAUUCUCUCUACCAGUGCAAGCACUGUGAUAGUAAAUUGCAUAGCAUGGCAGAUCUGACCUCACACUUGAAUAGUCACAAUGAGGAAUUCCAGAAGCGUGCCAAACGUCAGGAAAGGAGGAAACAGCUUUUGAGCAAGCAGAAAUAUGCAGAUGGUGCUUUCGCAGAUUUCAAACAAGAGAGGACUUUUGGUCACUUGGAAGAUAUGUCAAAACUUAAGGAGAGGAAAGUUGUUGGAUAUAAAUGUAAAUUUUGUGUGGAGGUUCAUCCGACCCUUCGAGCCAUCUGUAAUCAUCUUCGCAAGCAUGUUCAGUACGGGAACGUCUCUUCAGUGUCAGCUACAGUAAAGCAGGAAGCUGAAGAUUCUUCAAACACAACUUUGGAGGGUUUUGAGGGCGUCAAAGACCCUGGCAUUAUGGAAUUUACAGAAGCUGAAUCUGGAGCAUCCUUGGAAGAUGAAACCAGGCCUGGGGGCUACCACUGCAGCCAGUGUGACCGGGUUUUGAUGUCUAUGCAGGGUCUGCGAUCUCACGAGAGGAGUCACUUGGCUCUGGCCAUGUUUACCCGGGAAGACAAGUACAGCUGCCAGUAUUGCUCCUUUGUCUCUGCUUUCAGGCACAAUUUGGAUCGCCAUAUGCAGACUCACCAUGGACACCAUAAACCAUUCCGUUGCAAACUCUGCCCAUUCAAGUCCUCUUAUAAUAGCCGCCUGAAAACUCAUAUACUCAAAGCUCAUGCUGGUGAACAUGCCUACAAAUGUUCCUCCUGCUCAUUUUCCACCAUGACAAUCAGCCAGCUGAAAGAGCACUCCUUGAAAGUGCAUGGGAAAGCACUGACACUACCAAGACCCCGCCUUGUCCACCUUGCAGCCUCACACGCCCAACACACCUCCAAGAACCACACUCCUGCUGAAGAAGUGGAGGACUCUAAUGAUUCUUCAUACUCAGAACCUCCUGAUGUUCAGCAGCAGUUGAACCACUACCAGUCAGCAGCUCUGGCCAGGAACAACAACAACGUUAGCCCUGUACCACUUUCAGGGACUGGGGAGAAAACAGAAGUCAUCCUUAACUGUGAAUUUUGUGAAUUCUCCUCGGGUUACAUUCAAAGCAUUAGGCGUCAUUACCGUGACAAACAUGGAGGGAAGAAGCUCUUCAAGUGCAAAGAUUGUUCCUUUUAUACAGGCUUUAAAUCUGCUUUUACUAUGCACGUGGAAGCUGGGCAUUCAGCAGUUCCUGAGGAAGGACCCAAAGACCUCCGCUGUCCUCUCUGCCUCUACCACACCAAAUACAAACGUAACAUGAUUGACCACAUAGUUCUGCACAGAGUGCUCCUGUCACAGACUUCUAGACAUACCAAAUGAAAAUCUAAAAACACGGGCCAGAAAACCAAACUCCGCUGACAAAGCCAACACUAGUAAAAAGCCCUUCCAAAAAAGGAAGACAAUCUUCCCAGCUCAACCUCUCUCCGUGUUCUCCUUAGAUAAUGCUUCAUUGUGCAUAGCUUUUAUGAUCUUGUUGUAAGAAGUUCUACAGAAAAUACACGGUAGUGUUUGGGUCUGAUUUCUUACUUACACUGUGGUCCCUCUAGGCCCCACUAAUACUGCUCUGAUUAUGAAAUGGAGCCUUAAACUGGGUGUAAGCUGCAGUUAUGAGUAGUGUAAAUGAGACUUGGCCCUGCAGAGUGUCAAAGAUGUUGGUUCCUAAGGGUUUUCUCAAAUGCACAGCACUUAAAACAUAAAGGAUGACCCAUUCAAAAACUGUGCACUGUUCCUCUUAGGUCACCCUUCCUAAUGAAUUAUGAUUACUUCAAAAACCUCACCAUGUUUGUCACUAAUCAUGGCAUCUGCAAAAUCAUCGAGAUUUUAGUGCAUGCAGGAACUGAAAUACUUUCCCAUCUUUAGAAGUGAUCUUUUGACAGGGUGGAGUCAUGCUGAGCAUGGUCUGGAGUAGUCUGCUUUGCUUUGGUUUGAAAUGGCUGUGUCCCUAUUCUGUUGAUAGGAUGAGGGCUUUGAUCUUAAGCGAUCAGUUCAAGUGCUGUCAUUUUGCAGGGGGUUGAAGUGAGGCAUAAAAUCAGUAAUGCUACACUGAUUUACACUAGCUGAAGAUCUGGCCCAUUUAAAAACAAAACAGAACUCACAGCUAAUUAGUAGUAGGACAUGACCCUUUACUUGAGAGUUUUCAUUAGGUUGUUCAGUGCUUUGGUACAUGGUACCAAAGGAGGAAAAUGUCCUAUAUCUAUGUUUAUUUAUUUAUAUGCUGCCCUUCCUAGAAAAGGCUCAGGGUAGCAGUAAGAGACAGAAUAACAUAUAAAGGCAAGUGGAAUAUUAAAAUGAAAUAUGAAACAAAGAUUCCUUAAACUAGGGCUUGGCAACCUAUUGCCUGCAGGAUGGAUCUGGCCCAUGAAACCAUUUGAUCUGCCUGCAGAUGUGGGAGGCUUCAGUGAUGGUCACCACCAUGGAGAGAAGUGGCUGCAACGGACGCUUUCUCUGUGCUGCCGGACAGAAAAGCAGCGGUUGUUGCUGCUGUGUCCUAGCACCCACCUGCCUCUGACAUGAACUGGGUCAUUUUGGCCUGCAGCCUAAAAAAGGUUGUUCAGCCGCUGCGACAGACAGACAGACAGACAGACAGACUCUAAUACCCUACUCUAAAUGAAGUUGAACAUCCAGCAUGGAGCUGAAACUAACAGCUUCUUGACUUCUCUGUAACCAUGGUAAAUGGGUGGCUAGAGAAGCAGUAGUCCAUACUAGACUAAAUUCACUAUGAGCUAGCAUAUGGAAUGGGUUGCCUAAGAAGUAUGACAAGGAGUAUGCUUCCCAUUAAGGGUUAUGGGCAGCAGGAUGUUGUCAGUUUGUUUCUGAGAGCUCUCUGCCAUGUGUCACCUACUCAGCUCCAUCAGUUACGCAUUGUCAUAAGUGUGGUUUAACUUCCCUUAUAUGGGCACAGAGGGAGCCACGAUUUGUUUUCCUGCCCUUCAGUAGUCUGGAGAGGGAAGGACUUUAUAAAGCCAGAGUCUAUUUUGCAGUCAGGCAGUGCUGAGGAGACGUUUGGCUACUGAGUUUCUCUUGGCCCUUGCAGCAGUCAAACCCUAUGAGCUCUUGGAAGUUCCAUAGCUGCAGCUCUGCACUCCAGUGCUGUGCCCAGAGGAGCUGUUGGCCUUUAAUUUAGUCCAGACAGUGCAAUUAGGUUUUAUUGUCCAUUCCAUUAUGUUUUCCCAUCCAGCAUGUUGAAAUGCCCUGAUAUUUUUCCAGGGUUGAAUGCAGUUUACCAAGACUAAUCGUGAGCCUUCAUCCCUGUUUCUUUAGGGUUUUUUUAAAUGACUUAUUUUACUUGAUUCUUCUUGGUCCAGGCCCAAAAUGGCAAUUUAAUUUUCAUGGAAAGGGGCACAAUUUCUCAAGAAUGUUGUUUGCAGGUAACAAGGCUCAAAUAUUCAGAACCCCCAAAACAGCCUUCACACCCAGUUUCUUUGUGCAUGGAUGCUCUCUGCACUGGCUGUUGCACAUAUAAUUUGGUCUAUACGUGAAGAACCAAUUUGUGCUCCGUUUUGUGUGUGACCAAAUAUAUACAUACAAGGGUUACAGCCGGUCCUGUUGUGACCAUAGGCAAAAACAGAUGCAUGCAAGUAAACCUAUGUACUGAAUAGCUUCUUGCUAAGGUACUGGGAACGCUGGUCCAGUCUUGCACUGCUUCAUUGGCACUUGACUCGCAUAGAAGCGGAGAAUGAUACACAAAGGUUUUUAGGUGAUAUCAUUUAUUGGACAAACUGCAUAGUUAGGAGAGAUGUUAGAUGAGCUUUUGGGCACAGGAAGAGUUGGUCCAAUAAAAGAGAUCCCCAAGAUACACAUCUCUCGUAUUAUUUCCUGGAUCGUUACAUCUACAACAUCACUCCAACCUACCACAGGAAAGGAAGAAGGAAGGAACUUGCAUAUAAUACUGAAGUGUUUUGAAGAGUAAAGAUUUACCACAUUUCUUUGCAUGCAACAUACCCAUGUAUAUAGUAUACAUCUUUCUUUUGAAGGGGAGUCUGAAUGAAAAAAUAAUGUCAUUUGUGGUAAGCAGGGCUCCUGGUUUUCUCUAUUUUUAUCAGAUAAUUUUGGAUUUUUAAAACCCCAAAUUCUCUGACUAAAAACUACAAAAUCUGCAUUUUUCCAUGAUUAAAAUGAAAGGCCACUAUA